AGAGCACUCAGCGAGGCAAACUGCGUCGACGAUUGUCUAGAAGAACGUAGAAGAGGUAGGAAGAAUUUUUUUUUUCAGCCAAAGCUAUUGCGUAGUAUUGAUUACCGAACAACAAUUGAAGCAAGACCGGUCCGUCGAAACAUGUGUUUAUUAUCAGAGUUACGAUAAUGGCCUUACAACCACAUGCGUUGGUACACAGGUGAUUGAUCAUGAGCCUCAAGAAGGUGAUCAUGACCCACUUGUAGUGCCAAGAUUAAGCCUAAAAGAUUUUGUUCUCUAUCCUUACAUGUGGUCUACAUUUCUAUGGAACGAGACUAGAGAAACCGGAAGUUAUUCUUUUUGACUGGUAGGUUACCCUUUGUGUUCUACACGGCUCCUGACACGAAAAGGUGAGUCGCCGUCACUUUAAGCUUAUGGGCUCUAAUGGCGUUUCAGAUAUUCACCCUAGUUAACGAUUUUCCAUCUCUUUUGUCAAAUGCAGGCAGAUUUACUGCGGCUGUGGCGGUUGCGCAUCGCCUGUUAUGGACUUGGAUCUUGUUUACUGUGGGUAAUGUCGACUGAGAUAUCGGUCGACAUAGCGGUCGAUAUAGCGGUCGACAGUCGGUCGAUAUAGCGGUCGACAGUCGGUCGAUAGUCGGUCGAUAGUCGGUCGACAGUCGGUCGAUAGUCGGUCGAUAGUCGGUCGAUGGUCGGUCGAUGGUCGGUCGAUAGUCGGUCGAUAGUGAGAUAGACUAUCGGCCGAGUAUCGGUCGAUAUUUCGUCGACGCAUCUCGACUUACUAUCGGUCAUAUGUCGGUGAUAUAUGGGUCAACUGUCGGUGAUAUAUCGGUCAACUGUCGGUGGUAUAUCAGUCAACUGUCGGUGGUAUAUCGGUGAACUGUCGGUGGUAUAUCGGUCAACUGUCGGUGGUAUAUCGGUCAACUGUCGUUCGAAUAUUAGUCGUGUGUUAAUUUAUCAGGUGAGUCCUACGGCUUUUUUUUUAAGCAAAGACGUCAUUAAUUACUGUUAUCAUGCGAUGGGGAACAUGUGCCAGUGCAAGGCGCGAUUACGCUAUGAAGAGAACCGAAGAGCACUGGGAACUAAGGACAUGAUAACCCUUUUUUUUUCCAGUUUGUAUCAUCACCGAUCGUCUGAGUUUUAGCUGUUAAACAGAACCUGUCUCAGCCUAAGUUGAAUCUGCUGCUCCUGUGGUCCCACAAAAAUGUAGGAAAAUGUAGGAAAUGCUAAGUGUCGACCGACCAUCGACCGAGUGUCGACCAAUUACUGACCGACACAUCGGUCAAGUAUCGACCAACUAUCGACCAAGUAUCGGCGAAGUGUCGGCGAAAUGUCGGCGAAAAGUCGGCGAAGUGUCGGUGAACGAAAAGCUAUAUCGGCCGAGACACAUCUGCAACGACUAUCGGCCGUGUCUCGACCGAGUGUCGACCCACUAUCGACCGACUAUCGACCGCUAUAUCGAUCGACUGUCGACCGAGUGUCGACCGACUAUCGACCGAGUGUCGACCGAGUAUCGACCGACUGUCGAUCGAGUGUCGACCGACUAUCGACCGAGUGUCGACCGACUAUCGACCGAGUGUCGACCGCUAUAUCGACCGCUAUAUCGACCGAUAUCUUGGUCGACAUUACCCACAGUAAACAAGAUCCAUGGACCUUACGUUACGUCAUAUUACAUCAUCUGGGAGUAUACUUUUUUCAAGUUCAUAGAGGACAUAUAAAUGACGUCUUAAAUAACAGUGCCCGUAUUUCCCGCAAUCAAUGGAGGAAAUCGCACCGGCUCAUUCGGGAUCUCAUGGCAGCUACGGCGUUUUUUCUCGUUAUCCUACCAUUGCUUCAGAAGUUGAUUCCAAUCUUUAUAGAACACGCCAAAAGGGUUCCGAGAAAUUGGGAUGUUACCGUGGAAACGGUGGAAUUCUUUGUUCUUGUUUACAGUCGCUUUAUGGCGAUGCCGAUAUUUUUCUUUCUAAUGCUCGUUGUUCAAAUUUCAGGGGCACCCAACGAGGAUAUAGUUCAAAACCACUUAACAUAUCAUUGUUGAACGUAGUUUAGUAUUCAAACAGUAGAUUUAGGCAUAUUUUUAUCCCCUAAAAACUUUUCAUCUGUUCGGAUUUCCUAGCUGAAAGUCUAGUGAUCCGAAAAUUAUAGGGAUAAAAACUUACCUUCUCUAAAACUCCAGCCAGGAAAAGGCUCCCGAAAAUUAUAGGUGGCCUUUUUGAGGGUCAAAAUCCGUUAAAAAUGGGUAAUUAUACCAUUCUGUAGAUGUUCGAAAAUCCUAGGAGAGGCAGACAAGCAAGAAAUUUUACAACAAAUGCUCCGAAAAUUCUAGAUCUCAAAUCGUCUUCCGAACAGAUAUUUUCCCGAAAAUUGCCGUUGGGUGCCCCUGAAAUUUACAUCCUGGAACUGAAGGACUUCCAAGAACAGAUACAGCAAAGUGACAUAACUCUAACGGAACUUCUCAGAAAGUACAAUGCAAUGACCACAAUGAUUCAAAAUUCUUGGCGCGCUUUUCAGCCGUAUUUGAUGGGGCUUUUGUUCCUGCUCUCUCGGGUGCUUUUGGGGACAAUAAGUGUUUACUCCACUGUGGAAAUGUUCCAGCAUAUCCCACCAACAAACAACAUCUUCUAUGGUGUUUUCCUCUCAGAGUGUCUGGGGACAUUCGUCGUUUUUCUUUCUGAAACUGUGUUUCUAUUCUCCCUCCCGUUGUAUAAAUCAGGUCAAAUAAGCUCACAGCUUAGCCGUUUGAUAUUCACGGUAACCACUCUCGACAGCGAGGAUCAGCGCCGAAGGGGAUUUGCGUUAAAUACAGCACAAAAAAUAGCUCUGUUUGCUGGUCUGUUAGAAAGACACCAGAGAUAUGGAAACGUUGGGUUCAAAGUUGCGGGUAUUCAUAUAACACAACUAAAAUCUGUCUGGUUGACUCUUCUUGGUCCCGUUAUUGUCUUCGUAGGAAAUGUUUUGCUUAAGGAACACUUUUAG